AUGAUCCAGUUUAUGCAAAUUAGCGGGAUAUUGUCCAGGUUGUCUGGGCUCUGCAGCUCCUCUCUUAGCCAAAACUCCCUCAGGGGCAUAUCUACGAGUAAAUUUCUCUUAUGGAGUAGAAAUCCGGGAGCCAGGUAUCCUAGCAAGGCGAAUCACGGAGCACGUCCCGACUGUAGAUCACUAAGGAAGAUUCGAAAGAGACUAAGGACCGGAAAGUAA